CGGCAUGCGACGCGGCGUGCAGUGCCGUGAAGGACGCUGAUAAGUAAAGUUGGGAUGAAUUAAGCCAAAAUUUAGGAUUGAGCGAUGUCGGUGUCGUGUCUGACUCGAGCUCUUCGCUCCUUGACAGUGUCCCAGUCUCCUCUGGUCUCCUCGCAGAUUCUUACACAGGCUAAAGCUGGAGGUCAGUUAUUAAACCUGGAACAAUGCAGAAGCUUUCAGACCACAGCUGCACUGGAGCAGAACAGGACCCACUGGAAACGGAUGGAGAAGUACACGAUCAGACCGAUUGGGAUGAAGAAAACCGGGGGCAGAGACCACACAGGAAAGGUACGGACACAUGGCAUCGGCGGUGGGCACAAACAGAGAUACCGGUGUGUAGACUUCCAGCGACUGAGAUAUGAACCAACCAAAGAAGAUAAACCGUUUGAAGAAAAAGUCGUCCAAGUGAGAUACGACCCCUGCAGAUCAGCAGACAUCGCUCUUGUGGCUGGAGGUAAUAGAAAAAGGUGGAUCAUUGCUACAGAGAACAUGCAGGUUGGGAACAUCAUCAAGACCUCUGGAGUCAUUGGACGCAUGGCAGUUUCUGCAAAUGAAGGAGAUGCUUACCCUCUAGGAGCGCUUCCUGUGGGGUCUCUGAUCCACAACCUCGAAAUAAAACCAGGCAGAGGAGCGCAGUAUAUCCGUGCAGCAGGCACAAGUGGUGUCCUACUGCGCAAAGUCAAUGGAACAGCAAUUGUGCAACUUCCCUCAAAGCAACAAGUUCAGGUUGACGAGACCUGCAUGGUCACAGUGGGGCGAGUGUCCAACAUCGACCACAAUAAAGAAAUCAUUGGAAAAGCAGGUCGUAAUCGCUGGUUCGGGGUCCGUCCUUCAAGCGGUUUAUGGCAAAGAAAAGGAGGCUGGGCCGGACGCAAGAUCAAACCUCUGCCUCCCAUGAAAAGUUACGUCAAUUUACCGUCAAUAGCUGCUAAGUAACACUGGACUGGUUACUUCCAACAGCUUUACUAAUGAUGAAAUGUACUGUACAGUAUGAGGAAAAACAUAUUGAAUAUUAGACAAUAAGACAAUAUGGCUGUAUAUGGAUGUUGUUUUUGUUUAAUUAAAUAAAAAUAUAACUAAA